GGGAGCGACGCCCAGGGCGGCAGGUGCAAAAGCGACCGAGCCGGGGAGGCCAGACUCCUCGGCCAAGACCGCAGGGGUUCGGGCCGGGCGGCGGCGGCCGGGGGUGGGGGCGCGUCCCUCGCCGCCCGCGGUCGCCCAACCCGCCGGGACGCUGGUGCGCGGUCCAGAUCCCGGGGGAUUCCGCGCUCCCAGGCCGCGCGGCCCGGGCAUCGGGAUUGGCCCGCAGCUUCCCCCGGGAGCCGCUGAUGCAAAGCCAGGCUGGGGCGGCCGGGCCCGGCCAGCGCCCUCUAGGCAGCGGAAGUGGAGCUUGCUUUACAUCCGUCCUCCCCGCCUGGCGGAGUUGGGAGAAGGAAGGCUGGGGGGGUGUGGAAAAAUAAAAGGAAAAGUGCUUGCACCAUGUAGAUCAGCGCCCCCCACCCUGGCACCCCGGCCGGCCGGGGACCUCCCAGUCUGCGGCCAUGAACGCGACCAGCGAGGGCGAGAGCUUCCCGGGCUCGGUGCAAAUUCCAGGUGGCACAACGGUGCUGGUGGAACUUACUCCGGACAUCCACAUCUGCGGCAUCUGCAAGCAGCAGUUUAACAACCUGGAUGCCUUUGUGGCUCAUAAGCAGAGCGGCUGCCCGCUGACCGGCUCGUCCGGGGCCGCCCCCAGCACGGUCCAGUUUGUGUCGGAAGAAACCAUGCCUGCCGCCCAGACUCAGGCCACCACCAGGACCAUCACCUCCGAGACCCAGACGAUCACAGUUUCAGCUCCAGAAUUUGUGUUUGAACAUGGCUAUCAAACUUAUCUGCCCACGGAAAGCAAUGAAAACCAGACAGCCACUGUCAUCUCUCUCCCUGCCAAGUCACGUGCCAAAAAGCCCACAGCCCCACCUGCUCAGAAAAGGCUUAACUGUUGCUAUCCAGGUUGCCAAUUCAAGACUGCCUACGGCAUGAAGGACAUGGAACGUCAUUUAAAAAUUCACACUGGAGACAAGCCCCACAAGUGUGAAGUCUGCGGCAAGUGCUUUAGCCGGAAGGAUAAGCUGAAGACCCACAUGCGCUGCCACACGGGCGUGAAGCCCUACAAGUGUAAGACGUGCGACUACGCUGCAGCCGACAGCAGCAGCCUCAACAAGCACCUGCGGAUACACUCGGACGAGCGGCCCUUCAAAUGCCAGAUCUGCCCCUACGCCAGCCGCAACUCCAGCCAGCUCACCGUGCACCUGCGGUCCCACACAGGGGACGCCCCCUUCCAGUGCUGGCUCUGUAGCGCCAAGUUCAAAAUCAGCUCGGACUUGAAAAGGCACAUGCGCGUGCACUCGGGGGAGAAGCCUUUCAAGUGCGAGUUCUGCAAUGUCCGCUGCACCAUGAAGGGCAACCUCAAGUCGCACAUCCGCAUCAAGCACAGCGGGAAUAACUUCAAGUGUCCGCAUUGCGACUUCCUGGGUGACAGCAAGGCCACCCUGCGCAAGCACAGCCGGGUGCACCAGUCUGAGCAUCCCGAGAAGUGCUCGGAGUGCAGUUACUCGUGCCCCAGCAAGGCGGCGCUGCGCGUCCACGAGCGCAUCCACUGCACCGACCGGCCCUUCAAGUGUCAGUACUGCAGCUUCGACAGCAAGCAGCCCAGCAACCUGAGCAAGCACGUGAAGAAAUUCCACGCGGACGUGGUCAAGACCGAGGCCUUGGACAGGAAGGACUCGGGCCGGCAGAGCAGCCGGCAGGUGGCCAAGCUGGACGCCAAGAAGACUUUCCACUGUGAUAUGUGCGAAGCCUCGUUCAUGCGCGAGGACUCGCUCCGCAGCCACAAGAGGCAGCACAGCGAGUACCACGAGAACAAGAACUCGGAUGUGACCGUCCUGCAGUUCCAGAUCGACCCCAGCAAGCAGCCGGCCGCGCCCCUCGCCGUGGGCCACCUGCAGGUGCCCCUGCAGCCCAGCCAAGUGCCCCCGUUCAGCGAGGGGCGAGUCAAAAUCAUCGUUGGUCAUCAAGUGCCGCAGGCCAACACCAUCAUCCAGGCCGCGGCCGCCGCGGUGAACAUCGUGCCCCCCGCCCUGGUGGCGCAGAACCCGGAGGAGCUCCCGGGGAACAGCCGGCUGCAGAUUUUGCGCCAGGUCAAUCUGAUCGCCCCCCCCCAGCCCUCGGGGUGUCCGAGCGAGGCGGGCGCCAUGACCCAGCCGGCUGUGCUGCUCACCGCUCACGACCAGGCCGACGGAGCCACGCUGCACCAGACUCUCAUCCCCGCGACCCCAGGCAGCCCCCAGGAAGGCUCCGGCAACCAGACUUUUAUCACCAGUUCGGGGAUUACAUGCACUGACUUUGAAGGCCUUAACGCUCUGAUUCAGGAGGGGACAACCGAAGUGACCGUGGUAAGCGACGGAGGUCAGAACAUCGCCGUGGCCACCACGGCCCCGCCUAUAUUCUCCUCCUCUUCCCAGCAAGAAUUACCCAAGCAGACUUACUCCAUCAUUCAGGGGGGAGCCCACCCAGCCUUGCUCUGUCCGGCGGAUUCCAUACCAGAUUAGAACUGAAAAGCCAAAAGAAAGGGGAAAAGAGGAAAGAGGAGUGACAAAACAGGAAGUCGUAAAUAGAAUUCUGUGAGACGUUUGCUCUUAAUGUUUUUAAGGAUUGUUGUGAAACCCCUCCCCUCGUAAUAAAUUGUAAUUUUAUACUGCUUAACUAUAAUUUUUUAAUGCUGUAAUAAUAACUUUGAGGUCACCUCUGAAUCGCCGUGUUAUUUAGCUGUUGUAGGAUUCUUAAAUGUUCCCAAGAUGAUUCCAGUUAGGGGUUGGAAUUAAAUGCAGUGAGUCGUGAGUACAUUUGUUUUGUCCAGCUUGAUUUCCCAGUUCUGAG